AUGCCUCCCCAUACCUGCCAAGCUCCUUCGGGAGAGAAGGCAACUGGGAUAUUUCAUCCCAGGAUGCUGGCUCAGGUAUAUCCACCAUUCUUGCAAGAUAGGAUAGUCACUUGGCUGGAAUACUUUUGGGUGCUCUCGCCCCUGCCCAUGUUGAUGACACAUGAGCAAAGGCGAGGGUGCUUGAAGAUAACGAGCGCCCACGCCCUCAACCUCACCCCAACCCCACCAUGUUGCCAUGGACAUGGGAUGCGAGAAGUGGAAGUUGCCGGCUACCCAGUGCUGCUGGUGAGGGAGCAGUUGCAGAUCCGUGCAAUGGGAAGCACGUGUCCUCAUGCUGGAGCACCUCUCUGCAAAGGUUAUUUGAAAAAUGGUCGGUUACGCUGUCCCUGGCACGGUUCCUGCUUCAGCACCAAAACCGGUGACAUUGAAGAGUACCCCACUCUGGAUUGUAUUCCUGUUUUUCAGGUGACGAUAGAAGAUGGGAAGGUGUUCGUGACUGCCAGCAGGAAGGACCUCGCAAGCAUAGGCUUGGUGAAGCCUAUGAGCCGGCGAAACCCAGUUACCAGGAAGAUGGUUCUGCUUCUGGGAGCAGGGCCGGCAGCACUGGUCUGCGCUGAGACCCUUCGCCAGGAAGGCUUCACGGGCAGGAUCGUCAUGGUGACGAAGGGAGAACACCUGCCCUUUGACAAGACAAAGCUCAGCAAGGACAUGGCAGCCAAGGCAGAGAGCCUUUACCUGCGGCCUCAGAGUUUCUUGGACACUCACGAUAUAGAAGUCUGGAAGGAGAAAGAGGUGGUUUCUGUGGACCUGCCCAACAAGACGACUUAUUUCGGUGAUGGGUCCAGUCAGGCUUACGACAGCCUGCUGAUUGCUACAGGGAGUGACCCCAAGCGCCUCAGGGUUCCCGGUGCCAACCUCCGGAACGUGUGUUACCUCCAGACGCCAGAAGAUGCAAACAGGAUCCUGCAGUUGGCAUUCGGCAAGAGGGUCGUGAUUGUCGGCGCAUCGUUCAUUGGCAUGGAGCUGGCUUCCUCCCUAUCCACUAAAGCUCUCAGCAUCCACAUAAUAGAGAAGUUGGAGUCUGCAUACAAGGAAUCACUGGGACCGGAGGUUGGAGAGGUCGCCAUGAAGAUGCUCCACGAACAGGGGGUCCUGUUCUCGUUGAAGACAGAAGUUGCUGAGCUGAGGGGCGAACAUGGGAAGGUUACCCACGUCCUCUUAGACGAUGGACACAUGCUCUUAGCAGACGUCGUGGUGAUAGGAAUAGGGGUGACCCCCAACACCCGCUUCCUUCAGGGCAGCGCCAUCGAGCUGGACAAGGAUGGCUCCGUUCUUGUGGAUCUGUUCAUGCGGACAAAAGUUCCUGACGUCUUUGCUGCUGGAGAUGCUGUCUCAUUUCCUGUGGCCUUGUUUGAUUGGAAGCACGCCCCCAUCCACCACUGGCAGGUUGCCCAAGCACACGGGCAUGUGGCUGCCCUCAACAUCUUGCAGAGGCAGGAGAAGCUUCACACGGUGCCUUUCUUCUGGACCAAGUUGCUUGAGUGUGUCUUCCGAUAUGCAGGCUAUGGAAAAGGCUACAAAGACAUAGUGGUGAAGGGCAACAUGGACCAACAGAGGUUUGUCAUCUUCUACAUCAGGGAUGGUCUGGUGACUGCUGUUUCCAGCCUGAAUUUUGACCCCGUGGUGGUCAUGGUGGCAGAAGUCCUCCUUUCAGGGAGAAAUAUCUCCAAGCAAGAAGCACAGAUGUUUCCUGCAGACAAGACUGACUCCUGGGCAGGAGCUGCAUGUGGAGGAGGAGCCAAAGGUGAAGACGGACCAUCCACAGCUCCUGCCGAGCUGCAAUAAAUUAUUAAAUCCA